GACACAAGCAAUUAGCUUCAACAGAGAAAGCAACUAACCAAUAUGUAUACGCCUUCUUUCUGUAUUUAAAUAUUGAACUGCAAAAUACCAUAAUACAGCAGGGUGAAAGAACAUGGAUUAUUCCAGAUCAGAAACUCAUCAAAAACCUCAUGCAAUUUGCAUUCCUUUGCCACUUCAAAGCCACAUCAAAGCUAUGCUUAAACUAGCAAAACUUCUUUACCAUAGAGGUUUCUACAUAACCUUUAUAAACACAGAGUUCAACCACAAGCGGUUUCUCAAAUCUUUAGGUCCAAAAUCUUUGGAUGGCUUGCCUGACUUCGUUUUCGAAACCAUUCCCGAUGGCCUCCCUCCUUCCGAUGAAGAUGUGACACAAGACAUCCCUUCUCUUCUUGAAUCCAUAAGAAACAACUUAAUGUUGCCUCCAUUUCUUGAUCUCCUUACAAGAAUCAAUCAAACUAGUACUGCCACUUCUAGUAACCCUCCUGUGACUUGCAUGGUUACGGACAAUAUCAUGGGGGUGUUCACAGUGCUAGCUGGUGAACAGCUUGGAAUUCCUGUUGCAAUGUUUAUUUCUUUUUCUGCUUGUGGGUUUUUAGGGCUCACUCAAUAUCCAGCUUUGAUCGAGAGAGGAUUUGCCCCUUUAAAAGAUGAGAGCUAUCUAACAAAUGGUUUUUUGGAAACCAUUAUAGAUUGGAUUCCAGGAAUGAAAGACAUUCGAUUGAGGGAUCUCCCAACCUUUUUCCGAACUACGGAUCCACAAGAUAUCAUGUUUAACUUCGCACUGGAAGCAAACAAACGAUAUUGUAAAGCUUCAGCAAUUGUAAUACAUACAUUUGAUGCAUUGGAAAGAGAUGUUUUGGAUGCUCUAUCAUCCAUAAUGCCUCCAAAAUUCUAUGCAAUCGGUCCUCUCCAACUUCUUCUGAACCAAAUGCCAGAAGAAUCUUUCAAGCAAAUAGGAUACAGCCUUUGGAAAGAGGACUCAAAGUGCCUCCAAUGGCUGGAUACAAAGCCACCGAACUCAGUAGUGUAUGUGAAUUUUGGAAGCAUAACAAUUAUUUCACAGCAACAACUAGUUGAGUUUGCUAUGGGACUUGCAAAUAGCAAGAAACUAUUUUUGUGGAUAAUUAGGCCUGAUUUAGUUGUAGGUAAAUCAGCUGUUUUGCCACCUGAAUUUGAAGACCAAGUUAAAGAAACAGGUCUAAUAGCAAGUUGGUGUCCACAAGAACAAGUCCUUGAUCAUCCAUCAAUUGGAGGGUUUUUAACACACUGUGGAUGGAAUUCAAUCCUUGAGAGUUUAUCUGCAGGAGUGCCUAUGCUUUGUUGGCCAUUCUUCGGGGACCAGCAAACGAAUUGCAGGUUCAUUUGCAAUGAAUGGAGUGUGGGAAUGGAGAUUGACAAUGAUGUGAAAAGAGAUGAGGUUGAAAAGCUUGUGAGGGAGUUAGUGGAGGGAGAGAAAGGUAAGGAAUUGAAAACUAAGGCCAUGGAGUGGAAAAAAUUGGCACAUGAAGCGACUAGUCCACACGGCUCAUCUACCAAAAGCUUUGACCUUUUGGUCAACCAAGUGCUUCUGGAAAAACAGCAUGUGUAACUAUCAUUGGUAAAUUUAGGCUUUUUCUCUGAUGUUGUUCUGAGGAUUUAGUAAUAAAAAUUAACUGCUGAUGGUUAAUAAAAGUGCAUAGAAGAUUUGUCUUGGUCAUAUUUAUAUAUAUAUAUAUAUAUAUAUAUAUAUAAAUAUUUUAGUUUGAUAGAGUCGUUUGUUUAUUUUCAAUCAUUGAAGUAGUAAGAUCAAUGUGUUUCUAUUGUAGUUGAGAUAACGAAUCAUAUGAAUGUAAUGUUUUAUUGUUUA